AUGUUAAGUCGAACCGGAGUUCAACUGCAAACUUUGGUACUUUUGAUUUUGGUCGUUCACCUAUGCCAGCCAGUAUGUGUCGAUGUCCCAUCGGGGACAGAAGCUAUCCUGGGGAAAACCAUGAAGUUGACUUGCAUCUCCUGUAUGAAGAGGGAGGAGGUCAAAGCAAAGACACGUGUGAACUGGUACUACAUAAAAGAAGAUGAAAACAAAGAGUAUGGCGUCACAAGUCACAAAUUCCAUAUAUACAAGUUUGAUGAUGACAGUUCGGAAGCGUUAGAUGGACCAUUACAUGGGCGAUUGAAGUGGAAUGGGAGCCACGACUUGCAAGAUCUCUCCAUUAUUAUCACUAAUGUCACCUACAAUGACAGUGGUUUCUAUGAGUGCCAUGUGGAGCGAGAGUUUGUGUUUGACUUCUUCACUCCCUCGUCCUACAUCACCAAGAACAUCACGUUGAGGGUGAAAGAGCAAGCCACUGGAGACACCGCAGCGCUCUACUCUGAGAUAAUGAUGUAUGUGCUGCUGGUGUUCUUGACCUUCUGGCUGCUUGUAGAGAUGGUCUACUGCUACAGGAAGAUCUCCAAGUCUGAUGAGCAGGCACAGGACACCGCGACAAACUACCUAGCCAUUCCCUCUGAGCAGAAAGACAAUCCACCUGCUCCUGUUACCGAAUAA